UAGCAUGAUCUUAGGGGUGUGUGUUCCGAUGACUAUAACAAAUCUAUACACCAUUUCAUCUUCUGCGAUCCACGCAUCAUAGAUCUUCUACCGACAUGAGCAAACAAUGCAAAGGAGCGUUCGUUCAUCUCGGAUCCUCCCGCCGUACGCCGCCGCAGCGGUUGGAAGGCGCGUACGGCCGUACACGUACACAGAAUCCAACACCUCCCACCGACCUAAAUCCAGACUCCCUCUUCCUCCUCCUUUCUCUCACUGAUCUUUCCACCACAGGACGGACGCCCGACAUGGCGUCAUUCUUGCAACUCCCCGCUGCCUUCCCUACUUCUCGGAGGGGAUUCGUAGCGAAAGAUGGUGCACAACGGUGUGGUCGCUGCCUUUGAGUUUCCAGGUCGCGGGACAGGGUUUAGGCUGCGCUUGGCUUGGUCAAGAAGAGGAGCGCAAGAUCGAACGGGUUGUCGAUGCCGGACCGUGGAUUCUGCUGCGGAGGUUCGCCGGUCGAUUUCGGGGUGGAGAUGGCCCGGGUGAGGACGAGGAUGGAAGGGAUUUUUAGGUCUCGUGAGAAAGCUCGAUAUGUCAGGGCCCAGACUUCCGGUGACCUGGAGAAUGUGCCGACUGAUAAGCUUCAGACGAAGCCAUCCGGCCAUGUUCUGCCCUACGUCGGUGUAGCCUGCUUGGGAGCCUUUUUGUUUGGAUAUCAUCUUGCUGUAGUGAAUGGGGCACUUGAAUAUCUUGCAAGGGAUCUUGGAAUUGCUAGAGAUACUGUCUUACAAGGAUGGGUCGUUAGCACAACCCUUGCCGGUGCAACUGUAGGUUCUUUUACCGGAGGAACAUUGGCAGAUAAAUUAGGUCGAAUCCGAACUUUCCAGCUUGAUGCCAUUCCGCUUGUAAUUGGUGCAUUUCUCAGUGCAACAGCCCAAGAUGUACCAACAAUGAUAAUUGGUCGAUUACUUGCUGGAUUUGGAAUUGGAAUCUCUUCUGCCAUUGUGCCACUGUACAUAUCAGAGAUAUCACCAACUGAAAUUCGUGGAGCGCUUGGAUCUGUCAACCAACUUUUCAUUUGCAUUGGUAUUCUUGUGGCCUUGGUGGCUGGAUUGCCUUUGGCAGGAAAUCCGAAAUGGUGGAGGAUGAUGUUUACCGUUGCAAUUUUUCCUGCUGUGCUAAUGGCACUUGGAAUGGCUGUUUGUCCAGAAAGCCCUCGCUGGCUGUUUCAGCAAGGGAAACUUUCUCAGGCUGAAACAGCUAUGAAGAAACUCUAUGGAAAAGAAAAGGUUGCUGAGGUUAUGCAUGGCCUAAGAGCAGGUGGUGAAGGUUCAACUGAACCAGAUGCUGGUUGGAUUGAUCUAUUCAGUAAACGCUAUUGGAAAGUUGUGAGUGUUGGUGCAGCAUUAUUCUUGUUUCAACAAUUGGCUGGAAUAAAUGCUGUCGUGUACUAUUCUACAGCUGUAUUUCGCAGUGCAGGAAUCUCCUCUGAUGUUGCGGCUAGUGCUCUUGUUGGUGCAUCAAAUGUUUUCGGCACUAUCAUUGCUUCUUCUUUGAUGGACAAACGGGGGAGGAAAAGCCUUCUGAUCACGAGUUUUAUUGGCAUGGCUGCUUCCAUGUUGCUGCUCUCCUUGUGUUUCGCAUGGAAGUCUCUUGCGCCAUAUUCAGGAACCCUUGCAGUUCUUGGCACUGUCCUAUACGUGCUGUCUUUUUCACUGGGUGCUGGUCCUGUACCUGCUCUUCUUCUCCCUGAGAUAUUUGCCUCCAGGAUCAGAGCCAAGGCAGUCGCAUUGUCUCUUGGCAUGCAUUGGGUUUCCAAUUUUGUCAUCGGUCUCUGCUUCUUAAGCGUCGUGAAUAGGUUCGGAAUCGCCACGGUAUACUUGGGGUUUGCAACGGUAUGCGUUCUUGCAGCUCUGUACAUUUCUGGCAACGUAGUGGAGACCAAGGGCCGGUCCUUGGAAGAGAUCGAGCGUGCUCUUAGCGCCGCAGAUUGAUGCCAGCAAACGCAUCGUCUUUUUCCCUUUUUUUCUUUUUCUGCUGUGUGUCUUGUCAAAAGGAUCACAAUGACGAGCGUGGACAGCGAGACAGAGAAGACCAUUACUUCUGCCAU